CCAGGCUUGAAGCUGAUGUGUGACGAGUGGGAGACCCCUCACCCGCUAUGAAGUUUGGUGAAGGAAACCACAGUUCACACCUCGAUCAUCUCUGCUUCGCACCUUCUCUCUCUCCCCUCUCGCUGUGCGUGUCUAUGUCUCUCUGCCGCUUUGCCUCACUUGCCCUCUGAGAUAUAAAUGAAAGCUUCAAACACUUAUGAGACAACCCCUGUGAAAGAGACACACGGCUGUCACUGCGUCUGUCGCUGCGUCUGUCGCUGCGUCUGUCUCUGCGUCUGUCACUGCGUCUGUCGCUGCGUCUGUCACUGCGUCUGUCACUGCGUCUGUCCGUCAGUCAGGGAGGUCUUGACCCGUCCGACACUUCAGGAAACCGUACCGUGAAGAACCGCGACAUGUUGGCGUCGGCGGCGAGGACAGUGGUGUGUCUGUCCCUGUGUCUGUGUGUGUGUCAGGUCAGAGGCUCGCACAUCCCGUCCAAGAUGAACCGGACCCUCCAGAACCUGCUGCAGUACUAUAAAAUUCAACCUAAAGACAGAUUCUCCGGGAAACCCGUGUUCGCCAGAGAGCCGCUCUACAGCAGGAUGGAGAUAAAGCACUUGUUUAUGAGCAGCGUUUUGGAGACGUACGAGAAGCUGAUUGGUCAGAUGUUGAAGCAGCUGCCGACACCGACUCCCCUGACCGCCGCCGCCGCCGCCGCCACGCCCGGGUCCCCGAGCGUGGACGUGAGGGCGGAGCUAAACUACAUCUUACACAAGGUCAAGGACCUGAGGAAACACCGCUACCAGGAGCAGAGUGAACUGGUGCAGCAUCUGCAGAGCCUCGGACGCAUCCAGAUGGAUAACUUUGUCGUGCAGAGCAAAGCAUUGUGGGAGCUGCCGUGGCUCUACGAGCAGGCUAGCUCGCUGUCUAAUGAAGUCAAGAUGCAGAGGAGGAGGCGCCGGCGCCGGCGGCAAGCGCAGAGGGUCAAAGCUCCGCCCAGAGUAUGAGACGUGAAGACAACGGCCACUAAAAAAUAACACAAAAAUGUUUUUUUUUAAGCACAUUCUUAAUAAUUAAUUGACAUAAAAUGAGAUUACUGCAUAAUCAAUCCUGUCAUUAGCUGGAAUAAUCUGUCAUUUGUCCUGUUGUUGAGCUGAAAUGUAUGUAAUUUAACUCUGUAAUUUGUUUAAUUUAUUUAAUUUAAUUUAAUGUAUUUUUAUUUUGUUGUAUAAUCACCUGGAAACACUUGAUAUAUAUAAAAUAUAAAGAUGGAGAAAAGGAUGAUACUUGAAAAAAAAAACAAAAAACAUAUUUUUAUAUUAUAAAGAUAGUCUUUUAAUUAAAAAAUAAGUAUUUUUUUAAUGUUGUUGAACCAAGUAAACUUUCCCAGUGACUGAAACGACCUCCUUCACUGUGCUCUGAUUGGUGGAGGAGAGAGAAGGUGGGCAGUGCCAGGCUGACAGUAUAUAUAUUGAUUUGUAUUCGACUGUUGUGAUUUUAAGUAUUUAUUUUUUGAUAUUUA